CGGGUCACCAUCAGUCCUCUCCUCGCAGCCGGCAGUGUUACUCCUACCACAGGACGACAAUGUGUACCCCAAACGACUCCGCCGUCCUGCACGCCAUAUUCAAUCCGAGUGCUCCAUUCGGGGACAUUUCUGGGGACAAGGACAAUGACAUAAAAGAGGAGGAGGAUCAGGACAGCAGGUUCCCAGCUGAGCUUUUGGAGAAGACUCUUAAACUGGAGCUGAGCGGUGUAAAAUCAGCAGAGUCUGGAGAUGUGAAGACAGCUGUACAGAUGUUCACGGAGGCGAUUGCGCUUCUUCCGGAUCGGCCGUCUGCAUACAACAACCGUGCUCAGGCCCUGCGACUGGAGGGCGAUGUGACAGGGGCGCUGCAAGACCUGAACCGUGCAGUGGAGCUGAGUAAAGGAGUGGGUAUUGCAGGACGUCAGGCUCUAGUCCAAAGAGGACUAAUCUUACGCCUAAAAGGAGACGACGAAGCCUCCAGAGAAGACUUUCAGAGAGCUGCACAGCUGGGAUGUGACUUUGCCAGGCAGCAGCUAGUCCUGCUAAACCCCUAUUCUGCUCUCUGUAACCGCAUGCUGAGGGACAUGGUGCAGAAGCUGCAGGAGCCAGACCUGCAGGAGUGCUGACAGUCUGAGGACCGGGAUUCGGCUCGCUUCACGGAGGAACAGAUGCAACAAUGAAGCAGAUAUUCACGCUCUAUUAUACAGAGAAACUGCAUAUAUCACAUAUAUAGUCUUUUAGGACCUGCAAUCAUGUGACCUGCUUCUCCAAAGGUCCCCUGCACACAUGUAUAUGUAGGAAUUAUUGUACAGCGUGGAUUUAUGGCAAAACUGCUAUGUACAACACCAAACACAUAAAUGUCUGCA